GCAAUCAGCAGUUUGUUUUCAGUGUGACUGAUUAUCUGUGGGUGGCUAUUGCCAUUACAUACAAAUAUAGCAUCCAUCCUGAACAGGACAAAUCCUUUUUAAUGUUUUGCAUGUGGCUGAAACAUAUAAUGUGCUAUAGUCCCUGAGAACUCAAUCUUUUGUCUUCAUUAAUAGGCAUCUAAUAUCAUGACACUGUUUCCAGGUACAAUCCCUCCACUCAUUAAGUCAGUUGUGCAAAGUGAGGAAGGGCUGGCAACCAACGAAGGGCUAAAGAUGCUGGUGACCAUUUCCUGUAUCUUGGUUGGGGUCUUGCUGCUUUUUGUGAUGCUGCUGAUUGUGCGGAGGAGGAGGAGGGAGCAGAGGCUGAAGAGGCUGCGAGAUGCAAAGAGUUUGGCUGAGAUGCUUAUGAGCAAGAAUACAAGGACAUCGGAUACACUUAACAAGCAGCAGCAAACACUGAGGAUGCACAUAGACAUUCCCAGAGCACAACUCCUGAUUGAGGAGAGGGACACGAUGGAGACCAUUGAUGACAGAUCAACAGUUCUGCUAACUGAUGCUGAUUUUGGAGAGACAUCUAAGCAGAAGUCACUGACCGUCACUCACACAGUACAUUACCAAUCUGUGUCACAAGCUACAGGACCGCUGGUGGAUGUUUCUGAUGCCCGACCAGGAACAAAUCCGACCACGAGGAGGAGUGCAAAAAAUGGCCCCACUGCUCGCAACCGCUAUGCUAGCCAGUGGACCCUCAACAGGCCUCACCCCACCAUAUCAGCCCACACUCUCACCACGGACUGGAGGCUGCCCACCCCAAGACCUACGGGAUCAGUGGAUAAGGAAAGCGACAGCUACAGUGUCAGCCCCUCACAGGACACAGAUCGAGCAAGAAGCAGCAUGGUCUCCACAGAAAGUGCCUCCUCAACAUACGAAGAGCUAGCAAGAGCAUACGAGCAUGCGAAAAUGGAAGAGCAGCUGAGACAUGCCAAGUUCACCAUUACCGAAUGCUUCAUAUCAGACACAUCGUCGGAACAGUUAACGGCAGGGACUAAUGACUACACAGACAGUCUGACCUCAAGCACGCCAUCAGAAUCGGGGAUUUGCAGGUUUACUGCAUCCCCUCCCAAACCUCAGGAUGGGGGGCGAGUGAUGAAUAUGGCAGUUCCAAAGGCCCAUCGUCCAGGUGAUCUCAUGCAUUUGCCACCGUAUCUUCGGAUGGACUUUUUACUCAACCGCGGCGUGCAGGGUGCGAGCAGAGACCUGGGCUUGGGGCAAGCCUGCCUGGAGCCGCAGAAAAGCCGAACCUUGAAACGCCCCACGGUCCUGGAGCCGAUACCGAUGGAGACAUCCUCCUCCACGAGGGAAGCACAGUCGUGGCAACCUGGUGCUGUGGCAACGUUACCUCAGCGAGAAGGAGCUGAGCUGGGACAGGCGGCAAAAAUGAGCAGCUCCCAAGAAUCCCUGCUGGACUCCCGGGGCCACUUGAAAGGCAACAACCCCUACGCAAAAUCGUACACCUUGGUAUAACGAAAAGAGCAUGGCUGGACAGUGGCUGUAAAUACUUACAAUGAAAAAAAAAUCCAAUGAAAGCUACCUUUUUUUUAUUGAAUUCCAAUAUUUAUAAUUAAA